UCCGGAGUUACAUUCCGUCUUGUGUUUGUGUGCUGUAGCAGAAUCCACAAUGAAGCAGAACCAAUUCGUCGCCUGUGUAUUUGUGUGCCUUUUGGUGCUGCCGGCCCACAACUUUGUACAAGCCGACCAGACCGUCGCUACGCCUUCAAUCGGAACGGGUUCAACCGGAAUUGAAUCUGCUCCCGCAUUGACACCAGCUAACAACGACCAAGAUGGAAAUGCCAAUGGAAACGGAGUUGGAUCGACGGCGAUACUUCCAAACAACCCGUGUGCUCUGCCAACCGGCAUCAACUCAGACGCCGAGUUACUCACCGUGUUGAGCUCCGAGACUUCCAUAGCGGCUCUUCCCUCGCAGGUGCUCACCCAGGUCAUCAUGUACUUGGCCGCAUCCCCCAACUUGGUGGCCAUCCUGCCCCCACCCGUUCUCAUCAACCUGGUGCUCGUGUUGACGGCCGCGCCCCAACUGGUGUGCUCGCUCACCCAACCGGCCCUUUACGCUUUGCUCGCCAUCUUGACCGGCAAACCCUGCGUGCUGACCCUGUUGCCGUUGCCCGUGCUCGUGAAAUUCAUCACCGUGCUCCUCUCCCUGUCGCCUGGCACCCUCUACAACGCUCCCACCUCCGCGCUGGUCGUGCUCGUCGGACAAGUGAGCACGCCGGCCAUCCUGACCGCUCUGCCCACCGGUGCCAUCAUCAACCUGAUCACCGUCCUGUCGCUGCGCGAAUCCCUGAUCAACGGUCUGCCUUUGCCGACCAUCGUGUCCCUGUUGACCUUCUUGGCCGGGUCGCCCACCAUCUUGACCGCACUGCCGCCGUCCACCCUGUUUAAAUUCGUCGAAGGACUGCUCGACACCCUGUUCGACUCCACGCCUUUCUUGGUCAACGCCGUGCCCACCGCCGUCUUGGGCAAAAUCUUGGCCGUGAUCCUGACCCCGUGCAUCAUCACCGUACUGCCCACCAGAACGAUUAACCUGCUUUUGGGCGUGCUCGGCACUGCCCCGUCCCUGCUGUCCGUGUUGCCGUGCACCACGCUGGUGUCGCUGUUCACCGUCUUGGCCUCGUCGCCCAACAUAUUGGUCAACGUCAACACCAACUACAUCGUCAACUUGCUCGUCCAAAUCGUCACCUAUCCAAACCUGAUCAAUGUCGUGCCCCAACAACUGAUCGUCGCCUUGCUGAACGCAAUCGCAUCUUAUUUGCCCGCCUCCUUAAACUCCAUUCCCCCGUACGUCGUGUCUGCUUUGUUGGGUUACGGUGGCGGUUGCGGAGGCGGAUGUGGAGGCGGAUGUGGUGGCUGUGCCGUCGGCGUCGCUAGUCUUGCUAACUAGACUCCUUAACUACUUUGUACCGAAAAUAUACCAAUUAACUAUUUAAAUCAUCACUUCUUCAAAAACACAAUUGAAUAAAAUAUGA